CAUUUUUACUGUGUUAAAAACGUUUCGAAUCAUUCAAAAUGGUCGUGCGAGAGUAUAAUGAAGAGAUGAAGUACAUUGAGCGACUUUCGCCAAACAGCUUCCUGAUUAAAAAAGGCUUCCAAUCGAACAUGAACGUGGAGGGCAUAUUCUACGCCAACAGUCGGCUGGAAAAGCUGAUGUUCGAUGAACUGCGCAAUGCUUGCCGGCCCGGAAUGACGGGAGGAUUUCUACCCGGUGUUAAGCAGAUAGCGAACGUGGCCGCCCUUCCGGGCAUCGUUGGACGCUCGGUUGGUCUUCCGGACAUCCAUUCCGGGUAUGGAUUCGCAAUCGGCAACAUGGCCGCAUUCGACAUGAGCGAUCCGACCUCGAUUGUAUCGCCCGGGGGUGUCGGAUUCGAUAUCAACUGUGGCGUCCGUCUGCUGCGUACCAAUCUGUUCGAGAAGGAUGUACAACCGGUAAAGGAACAGCUGGCCCAGAGUCUGUUCGAUCACAUUCCCGUUGGCGUUGGAUCGAAGGGUAUCAUUCCGAUGAAUGCGCACGACCUAGAGGAAGCUCUGGAAAUGGGAAUGGACUGGUCGCUGCGUGAAGGAUACGUUUGGGCAGAAGAUAAGGAGCACUGCGAGGAGUACGGACGUAUGUUGAAUGCUGACCCGAGCAAGGUAAGCUUGCGAGCGAAGAAACGUGGUCUGCCCCAGCUCGGUACGCUUGGUGCCGGUAAUCAUUACGCGGAAAUACAGGUGGUGGAAGAAAUUUAUGAUAAAUACGCCGCGAGCAAGAUGGGAAUUGAAGAGCUUGGGCAGAUCUGUGUGAUGAUACACUCGGGCAGUCGUGGAUUCGGCCAUCAGGUAGCAACGGACGCGCUGGUUGAGAUGGAAAAAGCCAUGAAGCGGGACAAGAUCGAAACGAACGAUCGACAGCUCGCCUGCGCACGGAUCAAUAGCCCCGAGGGUCAGAACUAUCUGAAGGCAAUGUCGGCGGCGGCCAACUUUGCCUGGGUAAACCGUAGCUCGAUGACGUUCCUCACGCGACAAGCGUUCGCGAAACAGUUCAACACCACACCGGACGAUUUGGACAUGCACGUAAUUUACGACGUAUCGCACAACGUGGCCAAAAUGGAGGAGCAUAUGGUAAACGGUCGGCCGAAGCAAUUGCUCGUGCACCGAAAAGGAUCGACCCGUGCAUUCCCACCGCAUCAUCCACUGAUACCGGUCGAUUAUCAGCUAACGGGGCAACCGGUUCUUGUCGGUGGAUCAAUGGGAACGUGCAGUUUUGUACUGACCGGUACGGAAACCGGUAUGGUAGAAACGUUCGGCUCGACAUGCCACGGUGCCGGUCGAAGUUUGUCGCGUGCCAAGUCGCGCCGCAAUUUGGACUACAAAGACGUACUGCGAGAUUUGGAGGAGAAAGGUAUUUCGAUUCGCGUUGCAUCACCGAAGCUGGUGCAGGAGGAAGCACCGGACUCGUACAAGGAUGUCCGGGAUGUCGUGCAAACGUGCCACGAUGUAGGUAUAAGCAAUAAAGCAAUCAAGCUACGCCCGAUUGCGGUUAUAAAGGGUUAG